GCGUGACGGAACAACGGACUUGUGAGCCUCGCUCAAAUUAAUCAAAAUGGCUUGCACGAUUCGUGGCGAACCCAGGGAAAACCUGGCUAGAGGGAUCAAAUCGGUUCGUGCUAAAAUGGACGCGGUCGUUGAGGCGACAAAGAAAGAAAAUUUGAGAGAACAGCGGGCGAAAGAGGAAUUGGCUGAGGUAAAUAAAAGAGAGGAAAGUGCACUGAAUAAGAAGAGAAAAAUACUCGACGAAAUAAAAGAAGUCGAGAAGGAAAUUGAAAAAGUGGAGUCCAAGGAGAGCUACUGCAAAGAGAGAUUGCAUUUUGCACUGCAGCGCCAUGAUGAAAACUCAAACAUGAAAUGCUUUCUCGAGAACAACAAAGUGGACGUGGAUUCUAUGGAACAUACCGUGAAACAGCACAGAGAGAAGACCAAGACAGUUGUGGACAGCAUUGCAAACAUGCAGAGGGUUAUCGAGUCUAAAGAGAAGCUCAUUCUUGCAGCCGAAAAACGUGAGAUGGUCGCUCGAGAUACCAUGGCUCGGAUACAGGAAAAGUUGAGGGCAGUCGAGCGUGCGGGAAGUAGCAUUAAAAUGAACUAUACCCCUCUGAGUGAAAAGCAGUACGUAGAAAAAGUGGAGCUCGUGAAGGAAAAUAUCACCAGGGCGAUCAUGAAAAGGAAAAAAUUUGAAAAGGAAGCAGAUGCAAUGGAGAAAGAUAUAGUCGAGCGAGAAAAGAAAAUAGCCAUGUUCAAGAAAAGAAACGCCGAACUAAAACAAACCACAAACGAACUGAAAGGUUCCAGAGUAUGACAUAGUGGAGCGUGGAGAGUUAAUUGUUUAAACAAUUAUUAACCAAACAAUUGGAAUCGUAACGAUCAGCGAUAUUUAUGAAGUUUUUGAUGAAUAGGUUGAGUAUGUUUUACUUGUGAAUCUCACAGGAAGUAGGAGGAAAGUAUAUUUAUUAAAUUUUAUAGUAAUAAGGCUUGCGUACAGAUGUCUUCUGUUACGUGAUGAUGAUAUCAAAUCAAGUGGAACAAAUUUUUGAAAAAAUAUGUAUUGAUAUCAAAAGGUCGGGCUUUGUUUUAGAUUUCGGGUUCGAUGUUUGGUAUGUGUGCAAUCUGUAAUUUUUUUCCUGUUUAUAUUAGCAACGGAAAAAGUUUUUCCUUAGUCAGGCUCUCUUCAAAGUGAACCGCAAGCUUAACUAAACGUGGAAAAGUCGAAAUCACGCAAGGCGAGGCGACAGUUACCUCAGUCAACAAAUUCGUCUCCAGGUCCUCCAGCCCCACAGGUUGAACUCUUUACGCUCCCGAACUUUACUAAAUGAAUACAUUUUGAGCCGACUAAUUAGCGUUGGAUACAGAGAGAGUGCAGCGUAAUGUCUAACUUCAUUUUGUUAUAUAAAGAUAAGACGGAUUUUUCUUCUGUAUCUUAGGAUGCUAUGCAAGUAUUCUGUCUGACACUGAGUGCACACAUUGGCAAGAUGAUAUCACAGCGUGUCGGCCAUGUUAUCAGCCUACGAGUAGCUUCUUAUUGCCUAGGUGAUGUUUUUGAUAUAAAUACAAAUUGGAAUAAUAAAUUGCCAAAGUAGGUUA